AUGAGCGGCAUCAAAUCCCCUGCGUGCAAUGCGAACGCUGACGAGUUGCCGGCAGCUAUCGCUGAGGCGUACAGGACAUCUGUGGACAGUGCAACGAACGGUAUGCCACUAUCAUAUGGAAGAAAACCAAAACGUUUCCGAAGAACGUUCCAACUUAAGUACUCCGUCGAAUAUCGUUUCGGUGACUUCACUCAGAGAGUGUGCGGGAACUCCUUCUUCGAUGGUCUCUUCCCCUGCGUUAUCUGCGCACUCAGCAGCGAGAACAAUGAUAUAGCAGCAGAAGAACUGCUCCAUUAUCAAAGCACGUCACAAAGUCGAGCACCGACUCGUCCAUGGUUGCUGCAAGCUGUUAUGCGCACAGUAGCUCAAUCGGACGAGAUCUCACUCGAGCAGUUAGGGGAAGCCAUGUCGCACUUUGACAUCGGUGAAGAAUACAAUGUCUGUACCUUCUAA